UGCUCAGAGGUAGCAGGGUGUUUCUAAAUCAGUGAGCAGCAGCGAACGGCAAAAAAGCACGCAAAGGACAACAGGAGCUUUAGACGCCAACUGACUGUCAAUCAUUGCAUUACGAAACAAAAGGAUUUUCCAGCUACUGGGCUAAGGAAACCUAACAACCUUCAAUUUGGGGAUCUGAGAAAAAAUCUUCAUUUAUCUUUAUCUACCUUUUUUUUUUUUUUGAGGACGACAUCUUUCUUUGCAGGGAAACAUCCAUAAUUUGAUCAAGUUUUGCAGGAAUUAGUUUUUAAAGCUCUUGUUGCGCAAGAUCACAGAAAUGGAGCCAAGCAUCUAUGCCUCUGGGAUGGCUGCCAAGCUGAGGAGCCAGUGGGAUCGCGAAGAUGGUCUAGGACAGAACCACAAUGCAGUCAAAUUCCUGGGACAGGAUUAUGAGUCCCUGAAAGCCCAGUGUCUACGUAGUGGGAAGCUUUUUGAGGACAACCUGUUCCCAUGUGCUGCAUCAUCUCUGGGAUUUAAUGAGCUUGGUCCAAGAUCAUCCAAGACCUACGGCGUCCGUUGGAUGAGACCCACGGAGCUCUGCAAGCGGCCCGAGUUCAUUGUGGAUGGAGCUACUCGCACAGACAUCUGUCAGGGAGCUCUGGGUGACUGCUGGCUGCUCGCAGCCAUCGCCUCACUUACCUUAAACGACAAUCUUCUGCACCGAGUGGUUCCUCAUGGACAGUGCUUUAAGCAGGGAUAUGCUGGCAUCUUUCACUUUCAGUUCUGGCAGUUUGGAGAGUGGGUGGACGUGGUGAUCGAUGACCGGCUGCCGGCGAAGGAUGGGAAGCUGCUCUUUGUCCACUCUGUAGAGGGAACAGAGUUCUGGAGCGCUUUGCUGGAAAAGGCUUAUGCCAAGCUGAAUGGCUGUUACGAGGCUCUGUCAGGUGGGAGCACGUCGGAGGGCUUUGAGGACUUCACAGGCGGCGUGACAGAGAUGUACGAUCUGAUCAAACCCCCCCCGGACCUCUUCGGCAUCAUCAGCAGGGCUGUGGAGAGAGGAUCCCUGCUCGGCUGCUCUAUUGAUAUCACCAGUUCUACUGACAGGGAGGCUGUCACAUUCAAGAAGCUGGUGAAGGGACAUGCCUACUCUUUAACUGGUGUGGAUGAGGUGAUGUACAGAGGAAACCUGACCAGGCUGGUUCGCAUGAGGAACCCUUGGGGGGAGAUGGAGUGGACCGGACCCUGGAGUGACGACUCCAAGGAGUGGAGCUAUGUGGAUAGCUCUGUCAGGGAUCGACUACAAAACCGCAGUGAAGACGGUGAAUUUUGGAUGGCAUUCAGUGACUUUCUGCGGGAGUUCAGUCGUGUGGAAAUCUGCAACCUGACAGCGGAUGCCCUGGAUAACACCCAGAUGAAAAAAUGGAGCUCCUCACUCUUUCAGGGGGAGUGGAGGAGAGGCAGCACAGCUGGAGGGUGCAGAAACUACCCAGCAACUUUCUGGCUAAACCCUCAGUUUAAGAUCAGCCUUCAGCACCCAGAUGUAUCUGGUAAACCAGACUGCAGCUUUUUGGUCGGCCUUAUGCAAAAAGACCGCCGGAAGAAGCGGCAAGAGGGCAAAGACAUGGAAACUAUAGGAUUUGCUUUGUAUGAAGUUCCAGAUGAGUUUAAAGGGAGUUCGAAUGUUCACCUCAAACGAGACUUUUUCCUCACCCACGCCUCCAGCGCUCGAUCCGAACUCUUCAUCAACCUGCGUGAGGUCAGCUCUCGGCUGCGGCUGCCAGCUGGAGAGUACAUUGUUGUUCCCUCCACCUUUGAGCCAAACAAAGAAGCUGACUUUGUGCUCAGAGUUUUCUCUGAGAAACCAGCAGAUUCAGAGGAGCUUGACGAUGAUGUAGUAGCCGAUCUUCCAAAAGAGAUUCUCCUGGAUGAGAGCCAGAUUGACGCAGGUUUUAAGAGUCUCUUCAAACAGCUGGCAGGACCUGACAUGGAGAUCAGUGUCACAGAGCUCCAGAACAUUCUCAACAAGAUCAUCAGCAAACAUAAGGACCUGAAAACGGACGGCUUUACACCUGAAGCUUGUCGCAGUAUGAUCAACCUCAUGGAUACGGAUGGCAGUGGCAAACUGGGCUUGAAAGAAUUCCAUGUGCUCUGGGAAAAGAUUAAAAGAUAUUUGACCAUCUUCAGACAAUUUGACUUGGACAAAUCUGGGACCAUGAGCUCCUAUGAGAUGAGAAUUGCUCUUGAAUCUGCAGGCUUUAAGCUGACCAACCACUUGUUCCAGCUGAUCAUCCUGCGGUAUACAGAGGAGGACAUGAGUGUUGACUUUGACAACUUUGUCACCUGUCUGGUCAGACUGGAGACCAUGUUCAAAACCUUUAAAACCUUGGACACAGAUGCAGAUGGUCAAAUAUCCCUCAAUUUCUUUCAGUGGAUCACCUUGACCAUGUUUGCCUAGGCGACCAGACUCGCUCAGCAGUUUGCUGCACCCGGCUCCAGGCAUUGGCAUCUACUGUUUCAGAAGUGCCUUCUCUGAACCAAUUCUUCCUCUGUUUUCAAAUGGUUCAGCAGAGCCUACAUUCAUGAUUGUAGGGCCUGCAUUGGAGCCAUGUGCCAAUUUUUAAAAAGAAAUAUCCUGUUUUGCCGAAUGAAAGAAGCCGUUUCUGUCUCUCCUCUCUACCAAUCCACUUCCUGAAUACUGUAGCUUACUCUUGGUGCUGGCAGACAUUUUUACCUCCUUGAAACAAUGGCUGGUGUUCUUCUUGUAAACUCUUUUUUUUAAGCGUAGCAUUGUUAUAUCUUGCUGAAAGUUGCAUUUUAGAAAGACGGUCUCAAGUUAAACAUAUGCGAUUUGGAUCCCAGGUCAGAGAUCCAAGUGUAGUUAACAUUAGAAUAAAUCCUUAAGUUUGACAGUAACUGAUACUGAGAAUCUAAAAUGCACAAAGACCAUGAGUGCCAUUUCACCCCGUUUUUUGAGGAUCGAGAUCAUACAUAUGGGUUAGGUAAAUAGUUGAUACUAAUUUUUAUUUUUACGUGUCAAAAAUCAUAAUCAUUUUGUUUAUUUAUCAUUUGGUAGUCUAAGAGUUCCCUAUAAUCUAUUUUUUUCGUUUAUUAUUAAUUGGUUUUCAUUUAUUUCUACUUUUCCAUUACAUUAAAAUGCCUCUGAGUUAUGUUACCUUUGUCUUUUUUUAACUAUUUGAUGCUGCAUCAACUCUAAGGAGAUGAACUAGGUGACUUAAAUGAAUUGAAAAGAGUUUGCAUAUAUGUGGGUGUUUAGCAGUGCUGAUGGCCUUGGCGCAGUCUUCCAACUUUUGGCAAACUUUGUGACCCCCUCCAUAAACAUCAGAGGGUCCAUGAUUGAGCGGACCUUUAUGUUUAUGAAGAGACGAUAGUAUUGCACUGUAUUACAGGGAAUUUGUUUACUUCUUUGUAUCUCAGCUUUAAUGAUCAUAAAGGGCUUUUCUGACAAAAGCAACAUUUAAAAUUGAAUUGCUUUUGUGUUUUUUAGAAUCAGUAUGUUUAUGUUUAAGGGGGGUGUGAAGAUUUAUGCAAGAUGGAUGGAUAUGUUUUGAGCAUGCAAUGUGAAACCUCUCUCUGUCAUCCAAAUUGAUUUUAUCUGGGAAACAAAGUGUUUACUUUAAGCCUUUAGGUAUUUCAUAUGUUACUAAGACUCUUUAAAGUCAGUUCUACAGCUUUGUUUUGUUUGUUUUUUGGCAAAUCAAGUCUAUCUGAAACAUUUUUCAUUAAAAAAGCAGCUGUUAAAACUUCACUCUGACCUGUGUUCAGGUACUGCAGUGUAAUGCUUAUGUAACACUGUUCAAUGUUUACAGGGGCAAUCGGCCUGGGUCUUUUGAACCUGCACACCUUGCAACUCUGUACUUUACAGUACACCUUUUAAUGUUCAACCUCUCAGUUUGAAAAUAAAGACUCUCUAAUUUUUU